AUGCAAUUCAAAUUUGUCUUCUUGUCUAUCCUAGUCUCUAUAACCCUAUCAGUUGCUCAUCCAGCAUCUCUCAAUAUCUCAGACCCGUCUGAUGGUCCUAUACCCAGCGAAACAAACUACUACAGUUCAUACCGCGGUAAAUCGGCACCAUUCCCAGCAAAUUCUUCCUCGCCGAUUCUACCAACAGGGAGUGGUCCACCCGGACCCGAUGACCUUCUCUUUCAAAACCUCCUAGGAGCAGAAUGGGCAGUAUUUUCCUUCUACCAACAAGCCGUCGAAGCUCUAAACACUACAUCAUUCACGACCAUCGGAUUCCCAAACAAUACCUACGAUCGCAUCCAAGAAAUUCGGGACAACGAAGCUGGACAUCUGCGAAUAUUCCAAGAUUCCAUAUCCAAUACCUCGAUCAAACCAGGGGCAUGCGAUUACGAUUUUGGGUGGAGCACCGCUACCGAAUUCCUCGAAAUGCAAGUCCUGAUUGAAGUUUCCAGUAUGGUAUUUGCGGCUGGACUCGUGCAGCAAGCAAACUUGAAUGUGACGAAGGGGGCCUUGAUGGGGAUUGGAGAAACGGAGACUCGGCAUACUACGUGGGCUUUGAUUUCUGUUUGGGGAGUUGAUCCAUUUGCUGGACCGAUCGAUACAAGUUUUCCGUAUGCGAAUCAGAUCUUAGACUCGACGAAUCGAUUUAUUAUUGAUGAAUCAUGUCCGCGUGCGAAUCCAGGGUAUCCCUCUCCUAGUCAACAUUUACCACAGUUACAGACCCCUGAGAAUGUCACUGCGGGAGGCAAUCUAACUUUUGUGUAUGAGAAAGGUAGUAAUGGGAUUGAGAUGCCAAUUUUUGAAGAGGGAAAAAAUUAUUAUGCGGUUUUCUUUCAUGGGCUGGAGAUACUAUCGGUUCCGUAUGAUGUUACUAGUCAUAGCACAAUUUUUCCUGCAGAUCUAGAGUUGAAGGGAAUUAUCUUGGCGGUUAUUGCGGAUGAGUUGGAUGCACCUACGGAGGAAUCUGUUGUUGCUGGACCUGCUUUCAUCUUGGAGCAGCCGGCGAUACUUGUGGAUAGUGGGAUAUAG